UCGAAGACUUUGAAAUGAUAAUCUUAAUACAUACCAGGAGCCCGACAUUCUAAACAAACUAAAAAGCGGUCGCAGAAUAUACUGAAAGACAUGGAUAAAUGUUUAAAUAACUCAAAUUGAAGAGGACGACCGAUUUUACCUGACAGUCAACUAUUAAAUUAUCGCGGCGGCGACCAAAACCUUUCCGCCCUAUUGUUGACUCCCUUAGAUUAAAUGACAAAGCAUUUUACCAUUCUAGUUUCAGCGCGAAAUCGACUAUGUCUAAAUAUGACUGCACCGUAUGUACAUGUUUGAAGUUCAAGGACAAAACAGAGUGGCCAUCAGAGAACACUGGGUCAAGUUCUACGAUUUCAAAGCUGUGUAAGUAUUUUAGGGAACGGACGUUUUGCACGGAGAGGCGUUACGGGGAGUGCCCGGGGAGCGGGAAUGGGGAGUGCACAGUGUACAUCAACGCCAUCUGUUCUGUGCAAGAUGUCACGUUGGAGGAUUCAUCUCACAGCCUAUGUCAUUCGGGGAAUGCAUCCAAUGGCGAUUCAUGUGGCGGGCGUGGAAACACGCUCAUCCUAGGCCUGUUUAUAUGCGCCAAGAAGGUUGCAGGGGUUGGGUUCAUCCCGCUGUUGACCUUGGGACAUUCGUACAUAUACGAUAACGCAGAUCCCAAGAAAACGCCCAUUUUAAUUGGAAUAAUAUUUUCGGGAUCAAGUAUUGGUCUGGCGUGUGGUUUCUUCAGCGCAGGGGCUAUAACACAGACUUAUUUUGUGGACUUUGAUCGGCAGGAUGAGAACGACCUGAGCCCGUCCAGCCUCCACUGGGUAGGUGCCUGGUGGCUGGAUUUUGUACCAGCGGCCGUAGUGGCAGUCUGUGUUUCCAUCCCGCUCUGUUUCUAUCCUGCACAACUUAAAGAUACAAGUGAACAGAUGAAGCACAAAACCGAAAAUGACCAUAAUGGUUCCAAUGCCAGACACACUUGUCAAUCCGUCGUGGACCUCUUUAGUACAGGCUUCAAACUUUUCAAGAACCCUGUGUUCAUGUUCGUAUCCUUAGGCGUGUGUGCUGCGAAUAUGUUAUUGCGUGGACUCGCACCCUUCAAGUACAUUAUCCCCAUAUACAACGUAUCCCUGGUUUCGACUGGAAUUUAUUUAGGAAUCACUAUAUUGCUGGGAGCGUUUGGAUUCAUUCUAAGUGGUGUUUACCCGAUGGCUGAACCUGGAGGUGGCAGGAAUGCUGAGAUUGAAUGUCAUUGUAUCCAUGGUGACCGCAGUUAUGGGCCUCGUGUUCCUGGCUAGCUGCCCAGACGUGGUUCUAGCCGGAGAGGUUAUAAGUGGUUCAUGUCCCAGCUAAAUACCACGCGGCCAUGUAACAGUCCUUGUAAAUUGUGAUGCAAACGAGUUCUCCCCCGUGUGCGGAGCGGAUGGUGACGUGUACACUCCCCCUUGUGUUGCCGGAUGUUUGAAGGCGAUUUUCAAAGACGGAAAGGUGCAUGGAAGAAAAUUCCCGGAAUCUCUCGCUCGGUGUCAGGAGGAUCAUGGUUCAGGUGCUUAGUCUUAUCCCUGGACCAAUCAUAAUAGGCGCCAUAUUUGAUUCCUCUUGUCGAUUAUGGAAUGAGUCCAACUGCCCGUCUUCGGAUGGCGAGUGCUUGAUUUAUGACAACAGGAAGCUGUCUGUCCGCGUCGGGAUAUUUGUAAUUGGUUUCUCGGCAUUUGGCGGAUUGAUGUUUUUAAUGGGGUCAAUA